AAAUAAGUAAAAAAAUGGACCAAUCAUAGUUUCACUAUAGCAGACUAAACUCAUGCGCAUAACGAGGAAUGUAGAAAUUUAGUCGAAAAUACGCCAUGCUAGUUGAAUCUGGUUAUAAGUUGCUUUACAUCAUUUCAACAUCAUGUCUGUAGCUGAGUUUUUAAAGGGACUGCCUUCGCACGACGAAAACAAUUUUGCAAAUUUUCACACUGACAGUAAUAAUCGAACAUGUGUCAAAAGACCCUCUGUUUAUUUGCCAACCAAGGAUUACCCUUCCGAACAAGUUAUUGUUACCGAAAAAACUACCAUUCUCCUGAGGUACUUGCACCAACAAUGGGAUAAAAAGAACGCAGGGAGGAAACGAGAACUCUUAUCAGUUAAUGCAGAUCUACAAGAAGAUGGAACAAACAAUCGUUGUAAAAGACCCCGAGUUGAUCUCAAUAAUUCUCUUUAAGUUUUAAUCCAGUGAAAUAUUAAUUAACUAUAAUUAUGCGAAGAGAUCAAUGACUUGAAUUAUCACUAAACACACAAAAGAAAAAAAUUAAAAUUUACUAUUUUCGUGUUAGAAAAUAACAAUUAUCAUAUAUAUCUUCCGUUUUAUAUUUGUUUGUCUAUUAUAACAACAAUAAGAAUAGAAUUAUUAUUAUUAUUCUUAACAACUAUAUUUCUGACAAGCAUUGACAGUGAUGAAUUUUAAUGAUGAGAUUUGUAAAAAACGAGAUAUUAUAGCAGACAAACAUUUUAUUUAUAUAAAAUGAACAUCACGUCGUCACAAACUAAACUUAAAAGAACCUUAUA